AUGAAUAGUAUUGGAGCAAUGAACUCUCCAGUGAAGCAACCUUUGCCAACAGUAUUGGCUCCUCCUACUAUUUCAAAUUCUUCACCUUCCAAAGUACAACAACCACCGAAUUUAACUCCACUUAAUUUAAAUACUUCUCAAUCAGCUCAACCUUUGAGUCUUGUUAAUGAACAUAAAAAUAUUCCAAUUGUUAUCCCUUCGCCUAUUAUGACUUCUGUUGAAAAUAUUGUUCCAAAAUCUACCUCUUGUAAUGGUAUACCUGAUACAAAAGCAAUCGGUGAGAAAAUUGAAGAGGCCCUGCCUAAAAUUGAAUCACAAUUACUACACAAUCAGGUAAAUAAUUCUGUCAAUGUUAAAAGCGCAAAUGAAUCUCCUCUUUCUGAAGUGAAACCUCAAAUAUCAGAGGUUGAAAAUCUUUCUCAAAAAAAAGAUGAUAAGAAUAACUUGCCAAUUGUUCAAACCGAUAAAGUAGUUUUGCCAGAAGUUAAUUUAACAACUAUAAGUGAUCCUAUUAAGCCUGAAGAAUUACCAGAAACAAACCAAGGACCAGCUGUUUCUUCUGAAAAGUCUGAACAAGCACUUGUAAACACUUCAAAAGUUAGUGUACGACGAAAAAGAGAACAUAAACAACUAGAAGAAGAAGACGAUAAGAAGGAAAAGUCAUUGAAAAAGGAUACACCUGUAGAAGAAAUAAAAUCAAAGCGUACUAGACUUCCUACACAACCUUUCCAAUUAUCAUUGUUGCCAGAAAUGCAUCAUAUUUCUAAAAUUUCUGAAAAACCCGUAUCUUCAAAAAUCAAUAGUGACAAAUUAACAGUGUUUUACAAGAAUGAAUUUUUGGCUGUACGAAAUGAAGACGGAGGAUUUUACUUAUGUCAAGCUAUGCAAAAUAUUCAUAGAGCUAGCCGCCGCAUUCGUAUUCGAUGGCUAACUCAACAUCCAAAUGAUGAGUUUACGCCAGAUUUUUAUGACCAUACAGAGUUUGAUUGUAUUUUGACAAAUAUAACAUUAAAAAAAAUUCAGAAAGAACAAUGGAAACUACCUGAAAAAGAAAAGCUAAGAAUUGAAAAUAUUUUGAAACGAUCUAUUGAUGUUGAAAAAGGAUCAGAAAAACCUUCAGUAACUGAAGAACAUCCAGAUGGGUUGGACGUAAGUUUGUUCAAAGAUGAAGCUCAACUAACAAAGAAAAAAGGUAGCAAAAAAAGCGUAACUGUAAAAAGGAAGGUAUCAACUGAUGAACAACAACCAGUGAAAAAGUCAUCUAGAUUGUCUAAGAAAAAACCAUCUUAUGAUUUUGGGCAUUCGUCAUCUGAGAGUGACGAGAAUGAUGAUGAAGAAGACAAUAGUAACCAAAACAAAUCAUCAAACAAAAAAAUUUUGAAAAAGAAAGUUAUUGCAAAAGAACCUGCUAAAAAAAUAAUAGGCAAUAUGUCAAAACCGAAACCACCAUCAGUUAGAAAAACACAAACUCCUGUUAAACCGACUUAUGUACUGGCAUCUGUUUCAUCAGCAGUGAAGAAAAGAGAAAUAAUUGCUACAAAACAAAAAAAGGAAAACAGUGUUUCAGAUAAAAAGUCUUCCAAGAAAGUAGAACCAAAAUCUCCAGCUGUUCCACUACCUUCAGAGAGAUCAUCAAAAACUAGAAAUGCAGGAAAUGCUGUUUCCGCAAAAAUAACUACUGCUGGUAUUGGAAUAGUUAAAAAUAACCCCAACGAUCGAAAAACAUUAAGAAAUCGUAAAUGA